AUGCUGUGCGUGCUCGAGUCUCAGGCCGCAACACAUGAAUCCGUCUUCCCCCGAGAGACCGUUUCACGGUCACACGAGCUUGCGCUCGCGCUCCAAACGGCACCGGCCCAGCCGAGGUACCGGAAGUUGGUCUUGGGCACUGGCAGUGGGGACCUCCACGUGCGCUCCGCGCCGAAGGACUCCUUACCCCUGCUAGGCCACAUCGAAUUGACCGUUCCCAAACUGGAGGAUGCCAAACUAUUCUGGAUGGAGGGCCUGGGCUGCGACGAGACCUACAACGCUUCCACGAGAGAGUUGUGGGCCCAUCUUGGACCUUCGCAGGUGCGCUUCAAGGAGGGAAGCUCUUCGACAUCUUGGCCUGGCGAGAUCCGCAUUUGGGUCGAGGACAUCCGCUCGGUGGCCGAUAUGCUGAAUAUGUUGGGUCGCACUCUGGAUACGAAGAUUGUUGAAGAGAUGCGAGAAGCCCGGACUGGUGGAGAAUAUGCAGCGCAACUCGCCUGCAUGGCGGCGGCCGCGGCGCUGGGAAGGCACCCGGUGGGUGGAGCGCUGCCCUUCGGCAGAUCCCCAUCGGCUUGUGCCUGGGAGUUCGGACAUCGGCUCGAGACCGUCGGGGAUUUGGGGAUCGGAGUCUGGAUGAGCCGGGAGCACCAGCUGGAUGAUGUUAAAGAGCGCAAGAAGAUUCUCUUCAGUCCCCACCUUCAAGCGCUGAACAUUUUGCAGAGUGAGUCUGCGCAGGCGAAGAAGAAGAACGCAUUGGCCAUCUCUGAUGCUGUUGUUCAUCUCCCUACGCGGACACAGAUUCAAGGUGUAGCACGUUUCUACGACCACUACAUUGGCUCUGCCAUCACCAAGAAGUAUGCUGUCUACGAGGCGCUCGGUUUCGGCGCUCUGCCAUCCCAACACGACCGAAACUUGGAGGUGUUGUACCGUUCUGGCCACCUGGCUGAGGUGAAAGGCUCCACAGCAGAUCCAUUGCCAGUGGUGGGGGGCUAUGCAGGUCCAGCAGCACAACCAUCCUCCGGUACAUCUGCAGCUUUGCCCAGUGAAGGCACCCAGAUGCCCGUGGCCCCCGAGAAGGUCGACGAGCCGGGACCAGCGCCUCCUGCAGAGGCCGUCCCGGCUCCAGCUCCCGAAGCGACCGAGGGCGAGGGUGGACUGCUGGGGCGCUUGCGUGAGAAGGUCGCGCCCACGGUGCAACGAGUUGCGGAGAUGGAGUCAGUCCAAAAAGGCUAUGAGAGAAUAAAGGAGGUGUCUCAUCGCGUGGCGGAGAAUGAGAGGGUCCAGCAGGGAGUUGAGAAAGUUCAAAAGGGGCUUGAAGUCGCCAAGGAGAAGGGUGGAUUGUUCAACGGAGACACAGGUAAGGUGGUCAUGGAAAAGACCCAGCAGGGCAUUGAAGCCGUGAAAGAGAAGACUCGGGAAUGGCGCGCAGGUGCUGGCACUGUGUGGGAGCAAGGCCGUGGCAGCAUUCAAAGGAUCCGAACGGAAGGAGUGAGUGCUUUGGCCUGGCGUGGCUCGGCCAAAGACACUCUGGCCAUGGAGGAGCAGUGGAAAGACAUUAAAGUUCAAGGUGCCGAGGAGCUGUCCGUACCAGCGAGGACAGAGCACACCUGUGCCUACCAUGUCAGCAAGGGGAGCACCUUGCGCUGGACCUUUCGGGUGAAGGACCACGACAUUGGAUUCGCGGUGAGGAUGCGAGUGCAAGUGUGGGGUGGUGCUCAGGAGGAAGAGGUUCUAGCUAUGGAGCGGUAUGACAACAAUCACACGAUCUCGGGCAGCUGGGUUGCGGAUGAAGACCGAACAUUGAUCUUGGCCUUUGACAACCGCUACAGCAAGUUGCGUGCGAAGACGGUGGCCUACAUCGUUGGCACCGAGAAGCCGCCCGUCUUCGUGGAGGACAAAUCAGAGCCUCCACGGCCAGCGCAGGCGUUGAUGGACAUUUGCAUCAUACACUUUGCUCCUGGGGCGAAGUUGCAUCAGACUUUGACCUACAAGGCAGACAAAAGAUAUACGCGACUUGGAUAUGUUUGGGUUGACAGAAGGUACUCGUAG